AUGUGUGCAGCUAGAAUACCAAUACCAACAGACUACUCUAAGCUAAUGAUAGCAGCAACCUGCCACUUGGGCGGACAGAGCUUGAACCACAAAAUGUCAGAAUAUGCAUUUGGCCGCAGAACAGACAAAGUGUUCGUCUUUGAUCUGCAGAAGACUUGGGACAAACUCGUGCUUGCUGCGCAGAUAAUAGUGAGCUACAAAAACAGAAAAGACAUUGUAGUUGUAAGCAGCAAGAAGUUCGGAUACAAGCCCGCAGGAAUCUUCGCCAGAGCAGUUGGCGCCACGCACAUUACAACAAACUUUGUGCCAGGAACAUUCACCAACAAGUCUUCAACAAAGGGAAUCACUGAGCCCAGGCUAAUUAUCACAGUUGAUCCAUUCACCGACAAACAGACAAUCUGCGAGGCAUCGUACAUCAACGUUCCAUGCAUUUCCCUGGCCAACACGGAUAACGACAUUGAGCUGAUCGACUGCAUCAUUCCAUGCAACAACAGAUCCGCAACAUCAAUAGGAGCAAUUUUCUUCAUUCUUGGGCAGCUUGUGCAGUACAUGCAGGGAGACAUCAACCUGGACGAGGAGAUCCGCCUUCUUGCAGACUCAUACUUCUACAGAGACCCUGCAGAGAUAGAAGCAGGCAUUGCAGAGAAAGAGAAGAUGAAAGAGGAAGAGAGAGACAGCGAAGAAGACUGGGAAGAAGAGAAGGCGUCCGCAGAGGAAGAACCCGCCCAGGAGUAA